ACAGGGGCGGACUGACAACUCAUGGGGCCCCCGGGCAAUAGGGGAUCAUGGGGCCCCUGUGUCCUUGCCCAAACUCAAAAAAGCCUAUGAAAAAGGUACCAGGGGCAUCUCAUGGGCCCCCUACUGACCCUGAGCCCUCGGGCAGCACCCGAGUUUCCAAAUGGUCAGUCCGCCCCUGGUUAAGAACUAAUGAAGAGAGGAGAAAGCGUCCAAGGAAGACUCCUGUUUGUGUGACACCUGGUGACAACUCUUAACUCCCCAUACCACCACCAACUUUAUUGCUAGACAAAUUUUUAUUUUAUUUUAUUUAU